CUCUGUCUGGGGGACAGGGAGGAGCCGUUUGUAGAAACUGAAAGUUCAAACCUCCCACUGACGCAGCAGCCAAGAGAACCGGGCUCACUUCGGGUGGACACUCAAAACAGAUCGGGGUUUGUCGACAAUCUGGUCCAAACAUGAGUGAACCGAAUGAGGGAAAACGAUACGACCCCAGAGACACCACGCUGAAAUUUGUCAACCGGCCUGAUGAUCUGGACCCGCUGCCUCCGGAGGAGGGGGACUUGUGUCUGCGCGCGGAGAUGUCCUGCGGUCACGCGGUCACCCCGGAGUCUCUCACCGGGUGGUGUCGGAGCCUGCUGGACCAGGGCCAGUACAAGUUCAAAUGUCCUGCUUUAAAGGAGGGAACUGUGAAGAAGUGUGAUGCUGUCUGGACUUAUGCAGAGGUGCGGCGCCUGGCGGUGCUGACAGCUGAGGAGAUGCAGCACUUUGAGGAGACCAUCGCCCGCCUGGCCAUCACUGAGUUCUGUGAUGUCAAGACUUGUCCUCGUUGUAAGACCUAUGUUGAGAGGAAGGACCUGACCAACCUCUGUGUGGAGUGCACGGUCUGCACGUCUGACAAGAAGACGGGGUCCCUGUUCUGCUGGCAGUGUUUUAGGCCGUGGAAAGGGAAGGCUCCUCGCUCCGAUCGCUGCGGCAACGACGGCUGCAUCAACCAGGAUCUGGAGCUGCUCAGGACCUGCAAAACCACCACCCUCCCUCAGGUCAUAGGAGCAAAAGAGUGCCCCUCCAUCCGGGCCUGUCCCACCUGCGGUCAUAAAGUGGAGCACGACAGGACCGGCUGCAAGAACGUCAUCUGUCCUCGCUGCCAGGUGGAGUUCUGCUUCAUGUGCUUGAAGAAGACGAAGGUCUGUCUGAAGACGAGCUCCUACUACGACCCGUGCAGCAGAGGCGUCGCUCCCAGACAGACCUCCAUCCCCGUGUGGCGCAGGAGCUAAACACACCUGAGGUUCCUUAAACAGUUUGAUUAAUAUUUAAAGUUACUUAAAUAUCAUUUAUUUGCCAGCUUGUCUUUAUGUUAAACCACGACAAGUAAAAAAUAAACAGUGGUAACUUAGAUGUUUAAAUGAGGAACUUGGCCGUUCACGAAGGGGGAUUGUGCGCACUAAAUAUUUUCCUUCUACUUUAAAUGUGUAAAAAAUAAAUAAAUACAAAAAUAACUGUU